AAGAGAAGAAGAGGAGGAGGAGGAGGAGGCUAUUAGCGCCCAGAGGGAAGAGCGAGCAGGGAGAGAGACGGCGCCCCGAGCAUCCGAAGCCCAACUGGAAAUGUCCUUUCCUGCCCGCAGGCUGGGGAGAUGCCAGGCCCCGGCCCUGGCCCUCCUCCGGCUCCGGCUCCUGCUCCUGCUCCUGCACGGGCUGGGAGAAGGUUCUGCCCUGCUUCACCCCGACAGCAGAUCUCACCCCCGGGCACUAGAGAAGAGUGGUUGGAGAGCCUUCAAGGAGUCACAGUGCCACCACAUGCUCAAACACCUCCACAAUGGUGCCCGCAUUACCGUGCAGAUGCCGCCCAUGAUCGAGGGACACUGGGUCUCCACUGGAUGUGAGGUCAGAUCGGGUCCAGAGUUCAUCACCAGAUCUUAUCGAUUCUACCACAACAACACCUUCAAGGCCUACCAGUUUUAUUACGGAGGCAACCGCUGCACGCAUCCCACCUACACUUUGGUAAUCCGGGGGAAGAUUCGCCUUCGCCAAGCUUCCUGGAUCAUCCGAGGAGGGACUGAAGCCGACUACCAGCUGCAUAGCAUCCAGGUCAUCCCCCACAGUGAGGCUGUGGCGGAGAAACUCAGCCAGCUGGUGAACGUCACCUGCCCCGGGUUCAUGACGACGGAGAGCCCCUGGGUCCAGGAUGCCUCCUAUGACUUGUGGCGGGAGGAGAAUGGUUGUGAGUGCACUAAGGCGGUGAACUUUGCCAUGCACGAGCUCCAGCUGAUCCGGGUGGAGAAGCAGUACUUGCAUCACAACUUGGACCACUUGGUGGAAGAGCUGUUCCUCGGAGACAUCCACACGGACCCUUCCCAGAGGAUGUACUACCGCCCCUCAAGUUACCAACCGCCUCUACAAAACGCCAAGAAUCAUGACCACGCCUGCAUAGCCUGCAGGAUCAUCUACCGCUCCGACGAGCGCCAUCCCCCGAUCCUGCCCCCGAAGGCCGACCUGACGGUGGGGCUGCACGGCGAGUGGGUGAGCCAGCGCUGUGAGGUCCGCCCCGAGGUGCUCUUCCUCACCCGCCACUUCAUCUUCCACGACAACAACAACACAUGGGAGGGCCACUACUACCACUACUCGGACCCCAUCUGCAAGCACCCCACCUUCACCAUCUACGCCAAGGGCCGAUACAGCCGCGGUGUGCACUCCUCCGGCGUCAUGGGGGGCACCGAGUUCGUCUUCAAAGUCAAUCACAUGAAGGUCACCCCCAUGGACGCGGCCACCGCCUCCCUCCUCAACGUGUUCAACGGCAACGAGUGCGGGGCGGAGGGCUCGUGGCAAGUCGGCGUUCAGCAGGACGUGACGCACACCAACGGCUGCGUGGCCCUGGGAAUCAAGCUACCUCAUACCGAGUAUGAGAUCUUCAAGAUGGAGCAGGACGCCCGGAGUCGAUACCUGUUAUACAACGGCCAGAGGCCCAGCGACGGGUCCAGCCCAGACAGGCCGGAGAAACGCGCCACGUCAUACCAGAUGCCCUUGGUCCAGUGUGCUUCUUCUGCACCCAGACUCCAGGAAUCCCCGGGGGAAAGCGCCAUCCACCAGUAUGGGAACGGAGCUCCCGGGAGAGAUUGCUACACCGUUUUUCUUCCCCUUAUCGGGUGCCUAUGUACUGUCCCACACUGGAACUUCCUCAGCUAGAAAUCAGCAAAAAUGAAUUUUUGCUAACUCCAACCCCCCCUGGCCAUUUGCGGGUUUUCCCUUCCUGAAGAAAGGACAUUUAUUCUCUCGUUGCACUUGACCACCCCAGAAUUAUCGCUCCUUUUUACUCAUGCCCCCCCUCUCUGUCCACCGCCCCCUCCCGCCCCCAUUCCCAGUCAUGAGCUGUGCUCGUUUGAUGUUUCUGCUUUGAACUUUGUCCAGCCUGAUGCCUGGUCUGACAUGACUGCACAGCAGCAAUUGCACUUUAGGACUGCAGACAUUUUUGAGGUGGUUGCUUUGGUAUGUCUCCUAGUGGAAACACUGAUGGGUUGAACUCUGAUGGAGGGAAAAAAAGGAUCCAGCUACAGUGUCCACUGCCGUUUUCCCAUUAAGUGCUUCCUUCCCCUCCUCCAAAACAUCCUUUCCCUUCAGAAUCCAACAAUUCCGAAUCCUUCUGGGCAGUAUUGGGUAAAGACUGUGGCCCCACCCCUCACCCCCGGGGUCGCCAGUAAAGACUUUGGUGUAGAUAUGUAUAUAGGAAGAGACGCAAGGAUUUAUCUCGACGAUCAUAGAGGUUUUACGCGGGAGCAAUGAGACUUGAAAGCUGUCAUUUCUGAACUGUCGAACGGCAGUUACCUGUAAUUAAAAGUUUCAAAGGAAUUUAAGCUAAUUUUACAUUGAAGUUUUCUAACUGGUGAAAGCGAGGGCAGGGGAUCGGGGGAGCGGCUGGCCCCGCAGUGGCCGGACAGGGUCGGCCGCUUUGGGGACGUGCUUGGCUCGAGCCAUCGGUCGUUCUGGACUGUUGGACGGUCAGGGCAUCUACUACAUUUCACAUGGGCCUCUCACAGAGAGAUCAUUCCUGGCCACGCUUCGUCCGACCCCUCUUCCUCUGCCUGUGGAUCAUGACGUUCCGCCAGAAGUAAGCACGGCAAAGCCAGGAUUUGGGCAUUUUGGUACAAACGAGUUUCCAUGUGAUGACAGCAGAAGAACAGUAAACUCUUUCAUUCCUUCAGUCGUAUUUAUUGAACGCUUAUGUGAGCAGAGCACUGUACUAAGCGCUUGGGAGAGUACAAUGCAACAAUAAACAGACAUUCCCUGCCCAUGAUGAGCUUACAAUAAAGAAGGAAGAACUGUAGGAGCACACAGACUGUACUGUAGCAUUCCUAAGAGUUUAACACAGUGCUACGCACAAAGUAAGAGCUCAAUAAAUACCACUGAUUGAUUCCUCCAAUUCAGUUUGCAGCUCAGCCGGGGCACUGAGUCUUAGUGAGGAGGGGAACAGGUGUCCUGGAUAAUAUUUAUUAAGCACUUACUACAUCCCAAGCACUAAAUACUAGACACAAGAUAAUCAGAUCAGACUCAGUCCUUAGCCCACAGUCUAAGACUGAGGAAGGGCAGGGAUCUUAACUCCAAUUUACAGUUGAGGAAAUUGAGGCACAGAGAGAUUAAGCAAUUUGCCCGAGGUCACACAGCAGGCCAGAGGCAGAACUGGGACUAGAACCUGGGUCUCCUGACUCACAUUCCGUGCUCUUCCUACUAGAGCAAGUUGCCUGGUGGGCUAUCAUUUUCUUGACUUUCCCCACUUGUAGGGUCCCCCAGGCUUUUGGUCUUUCUCAGCACCCCCAGAGAGUAGAGAAGGGAACCACAAAGGGCUACUAUUUUAAUGAUCUAAUCCGUUCACGUGACUUAGAGAGGCCUGGGCCAAAAGGCAGACCAGGAAAGGGGUUCUGCAGAUAUUGCGGAGUUUCAACAGCUGCUCAGAUCUCCUUGUACUCAUUAAAAGACAAGCUGAAACUACUUCCUCAACAAACACGUUCAUCCUCGGCGGCAUUACCACGUUCGUUUCUACCAUUAAAAGUGACUUCAGACAUG